AGGAGUGGCCGGGACAGCUGUCGGCGUUGUUCCAGCGUGUACAUCGCGCGCGAUCCGGUUUUCCGCGGAUCUGACGGUCGCACGAUAUGAGUCGAUCAGCGGAUUAACGUCACCACGCGGACGUCGUGAAUUCAUCGCGAUCCGCUCGGCGACGAGGUGAGUCCAGGGAGGGCCGGGUUUGAGGUUACGUUCGCCGUCAAACUCGUAGACGUGUCACACCAACCGCGAGACACGGUAUGUACGUGUCGCCCCAAUUAUCAGAUACCUCGUCCGCCGCCGACAGCUGGAAACGUACGUUGCGCUUUAAUCAACUGUCCGUCCUACGUGAAUUCAUACGACUCGUAUCGCAGUUAACCCCGUACGAUUUACGUACGAUUGAAUUAGAAGUGUUUUCCCAUGUACGUAUUAUAUUCGUCCCUGUGCGAGGAAAAUCACAUAUUUCAUCGUUUAUGACUUAUACGUUUCAAUAAGAUGAGAAAAUUCGUCACUGUACAUAAUAAUUUUAAGUCAUACAGCAUUGCACGUUUCGGCAUAAGAAACACGUGUCAGAGACGUCAUUCGAGGCCAAGGGGUUAACAGUUCGUAUUACUGGAGUUCUGUGAAAAAUGAAAAAAAGAAACUUGGUCAUUCGAUAAGAACACGUUAUCGCAUGUGUUUCUUCCAUUUCUGAAAAUUCGUUGUCAAUGUUGGAUAAUUGGUUUGACAGAGCGUGUUGCUAAUCAAUCUGAAUAUUGUAAGGUACACAAUGUGGAGGCAUAGAAUUUUGUGAAUUUCCCAAGUUAUAUUUCCACAAUACCGCUUUAUUGUAACAUCCACUCUAAUGUGUCCUGUUUCUGAGCUGACGGCAUUCCAUCUUACAGUCAGUUGAAGAAAGAUACUUUGACAGGGCUUUCCAUUUCGUACGAUUAACGCUGGCGCGAUCGUAAGAUGCUGCCACUAGCGCACAAUUCGCGUGGCCUACACGACUCACGCUGCAGCUUCGGCAGUCGGGUGAAGGAGAAGCUGCUGGGUUGGAAGCGGCAGAUCUUCUCGGAUGAGAACACGCGGAACCUCUUUCUAUUCCUGAUCCUGAACCUGUCGUUCGCGUUCGUCGAGCUGCUGUACGGGAUAUGGACCAACAGUUUGGGCCUGAUCUCCGACAGCUUCCACAUGUUCUUCGACUGCACCGGCCUGUUGUUCGGCUUGGCGGCGUCCGUCAUCACCAAGUGGCGGGCGAACGAGCGCUACUCUUACGGUUAUGUUAGAGCUGAGGUGCUGGGCGGCUUCGUGAACGGCCUGCUGUUGCUGUUCAUUGCCCUGUUCAUCAUGUCGGAGGCGGUGGAGCGGGCGAUCGAGCCGCCGGAGAUCAAGCACGAGAGGCUCUUCGUCGUCUCUGUGCUGGGACUCUUAGUGAAUUUAGUAGGGAUAUGCGCGUUCAAACACGGCCAUGGCCACGGUUCGGCCGGACACGGUCACUCGCACUCCCAUUCGCACGACAAUCACGGCUAUUCUCUGCUGAACCACCACGACUACACCCACCAUGACAUCGAAAUGGAGGCGUCGUCGUUCAGCGGUUCGAACUCGCAGAUCAUGAAGGGCGUGUUCCUGCACAUCCUCGCGGACACCCUCGGCUCCGUCGGCGUGAUCAUAUCGGCGCUACUGAUGCAGAUGUUCGGCUGGAUGAUCGCCGACCCGAUCUGUUCCAUGCUCAUAGCAGUAUUGAUAGUGUUAAGUGUCGUCUCGCUGAUGAAGGACUCGUGGGAGGUACUGAUGCAGAGACAGCCGGUCGCCCUGGACCGCGUGCUGCCGCAGUGCUACAACAAGGUCACGCAGAUGCCGGGGGUCUACGGCGUGCAGGAGCCACACUUUUGGACACUCUGCUCCGACGUGUACGUCGGCUGCCUGAAGCUGGAGGUGGCCCGCGAGGUGGACCCCAAGUCCGUCGUGAUGAACACGCAGAAGAUCUUCCAGGCGGCGGGUGUGAGGCAGCUCACGGUCCAGUUGGACUACGCCCCCAUGUGAUCCACGAGAGGCACGCGUGUCGUCAAGUGUUCUUACCAGUGCGCCGGGGGUGUGUUCGUUUGCGGGGUAUGUCACAAGGAGGCGCGGAACACCGCGGUGCUGCAGAACGUCUUCGCCGUGUUGAGGUAAACUAUCAAAAAUGAGAAAAUUCGUCGUUCGAGCACUUACGCAUCUAAUCGGACAAUGAAGAGUGCCGAUGCUGGUAACAAUGCCCGAGAGAGCACUGCGAAACGAACACACACAGCGGAGGACUUUCUCCGGUGAGCGCUUUUCUAAAUAAUAAAAGCGUCAGUCGGUGAUCGAACAAAGUACAAAAUAUAGGCCGAAGUGACGAAUCCGCGAGUUUCACCAAAGUUUCCCCGUAAUAAACUCCCAGUGAGCAAAAAGUCAUAGGUAAAUCGCCAUUGCAACGUUAAUUAGUUAAUAGCGUAAUAUGUUUUUAACGUUGUAUGGACCUCGUCGUUUUAAUAACACUUCAAUGUUUUUAAAAUUAUUAUUCAAGUUCUGAUCUAUCAAAAAUGAUACAUAAAUAUUUUUUUGUAAAUUAUUUAUAAAAAGAUAUAUUAACCAGAAUUAUUUUUGAAAUCUUUAUUAAUAUAUGUUGAGAGAAAAUGUUCGCACACACUUGAAAUCAAAGUUUGAAUGUGUAAAUUACCGGGCAGUUUCUCACGUAUUAUGAUGGUUUUCGAUCAAUCACCUAGCUCGACGAAUUUUCCGGCAGGCGCUAAAUAAAUGGGGUAUCGCGAAUCGACAGUGAAAAAUUGACGUCUGCGACAGCGUUGUGUGUCGAAAAUGUUCGGGAAAUAUAGUAUCCAUCAUGAUUAAACGCGAUUGCAUUCGCAGGCUUUCAUAUCAAUGGACGCAAAUUGGAGUUUAUUGACCAACGUUGAAUCGUGAAAAUUUCGAGAUCUCUUCUUAAGGAAGAUAUUACUUUAAAAUCGGGGUAUUUUCGAGACUUACGUGUAACAAAAUAUUGUGAGUAAAAGUAAUGAUGAGAUUUUUAACAAAAUUGACAAAACGAACUGUGAAAGAAUUUUCCAAGAAUAUUUCGAUCUCCAGCAAGGAUUUCGUAAAGUCCUUUACUUCCCCUUGUUCUUAUUUUACCCCGUUCAUCUUUCUACAGAUGUUUCGUUACAGACGACCGGUCGCCUUGCGUAAUUCAAACAAAGACUUCCCCGCACUUCGCUGAUCGGCUGAUCCCAUCUUUAUUAUUUUCAUUGGUGUGGUUCCAGUUGAAUGGCAGUUAUCGUUGGUGCAAUUGAUUACAAUCGAUCGAUCACGCUGCGUCGUUUUUCUCGUGUAAAAUACGGUCGGAUUCGAUCGGGGAGACGAAGAAGGCCGCAUUAACGUCGACAAACGGUAUCCGUCCAGCGUGCAUUCGGCGAGAUUCGUUCGUGCGAUGAUAUCGGAAACGAUCUUUCUCUUGUUUUGUCGUUAUUAGACGAAAGACAGCCGGACGAUCGCGCUGAACGCGCGGCACGAGUCUUCGACAGUAGUACUAGGAUUUUGGCAGUUGUCUUAUAAUUACAGAAUUAAUUACUUUAUACAAUAAUAAUAGCCGUUUCUCACACACUCCUUAUUGUAGAAUUAUUCGAGUAUUUUUCCACUUUCUUUCCUCCACGCCAUCGCCGCGAAACGUAAUACAUACGCGCGUAUGUAGCAUUUAUAUGUGUGUACACAUGUGUGUGUGUGUAUGUGUGUGUGCGUCUAGAUCGUUUAAAAUUUACUCUAUAAAAUUUCUCCAAGUCCCCAACAACGCGCCACCUGGUAAAGCCACCAUUUCGGUCCGCAUUUCGCCGAUCGAUCCGGUCGGUCGUAACAUUUAAUAAUAGUGUGAUCAUGAUUUCUAUCGCUAAUAAUAUAUUACUCUGAGUCGUAUCUUACACUCCAUCUAACAACAACGAACGUUACUUAUGUAAUCGCAACAGCCUCUUUUUCCCCUCCCUCCGUCGUUAACUAUCCUCGUCUCGAUCACUUAAUAAGUAUUUCCGUUUUUCCUCCCUCCUCAUGCUUCCUUCUCUUUUUCCUUCUCUUUUCCCCGCCGUCUGAAUAAUUUCGAGGAGACUCUUCCGCGGCACCGGACGCCUCGCUACGAUCUUCGUUCAUCCAACGGGGUCGACUCAUUCUGACAUUAUUACAACGACAACAUCUGAGUGAGUUGUAAAACAAACAUUUGUCGAAAGCAAAUAUUUUUCACGAAAAAAAAAAA